CGUCCGUCGACGCUCCCGCCACUACCAUCGACGACGGAGGCACCACCUCGAGGCAUAUCCAAUACCUCUGAGCAAGAGACACGGUAUCGAACGCACCGCAUAUAACGUAGUCGCACAUCUCUCCUUCGUGCCUCUUUCUCCGGCGUAUCCACCUUCCGCUCGUAUCCACCGUACCACUAGGCCGCGAUGGACUACGACCGCUACGAUGCGUUCCUCCACCACAUUUUCAAGCAGACACAGGGCGACGCGUGGUUCCGCCCCAACGAGGACAACCUCUCUGCAGGUGUCUGCUUGCGCGUGAACGACGGUGUCAACACAGCAAGCGGGCUGCCCGAGUUUCGUGUGUUCCCCUAUGAGAACCUCGCGCUUGAGCCGUUCGAGGCUGCUGUGUCGCGCCUGAACCCUGCCGUCGCCGUCAAGGUGCGCAGUGCGGCUGUUCAUGCCGCCCUCGCGGAAGUGGGACCGGACGACGCAUCCAUCUAUGUCGAUGCGAACACCCGCAUUCAGAUAUUGGAGACGAUGAUGGACCUCCCAACCGCCGAUAAGGAACAGAGCGCAGCGUUUAUUCGCGACGAGCGUGUUCUGGUCGUGUGGUCGGAUUCCAUCGACACCAUCAUCCCUACUUCCAGUGACUUCGAGGAGCGUCUCAUCAAGCUGUUGUGGAGGUCAAGACCGAAUGCGAUGAACCAUCCGACGAGUGUCAGCUCACAUCCGGCCAGUGUAAACGGUUCCAUGUCUGGCCACGGUUCGAUGACUAACCUGAACACUCGCCUGUCGGGCUUGAACGGCUCUCGAGUAAACUCUAUGCUUCCGCCGCCAGGUACUCCACGAGGCGUCCACGGUAUGAGUAUGGAAGACCUUACACCCGACUUGGAGAAGGGCGGCGAUGACCUCAGUGAGAAGGGCCAUGUCAAGACCAAGACCAAGCGGACGUGGUACGGCAAGAAGAAGACCGUUAUUGUGGCAGAGCUGGAGGAGGGUGUCCCAGAACCGCGGCCAGUCAUGCUCUAUGCGCCUGUUUACAACGGACUAGCCUUCGGUCUCUCUAUCUUCUUCAUCGGCAACGGUAUCAACACCCUCUUAAUUGAGUGGCAGUUGGACAACAAUUUCACUCGCUUCGCCCUGUGUGCGAUCAUACCCCUGCUCUUUGCGGUGUCCCUUUUCUUUUGCCUGCAGAUCUUCCAGAACCUUUGCAUGGCUGUCGGCCCCAUCGCUCAGUACCACGAGAACUCGAAGUACUACUCUGCGAUCCCGCCUCGUCCCAACAAGAUGGUAGACAACAACCUCCCGCAUAUCACUAUUCAGAUGCCUGUUUACAAGGAGAGCUUGGAAGCCGUCUUGGCCCCAUCCAUUGAGUCGCUUAAGAAGGCUAUGCAGACCUAUGCUCGUCAGGGUGGUACUUCUACCAUCUUCAUUAACGACGAUGGUCUCCGCGUUAUCUCCCGGGACGAUCGUGAUGCUCGUAUCGCGUUCUACGCCAACCACGGCAUCGGCUGGGUCGCCCGUCCCAAGCAAGAUGACGCUGCUGAUGGUUUCAAGCGUGCCGGUCGUUUCAAGAAGGCUUCGAACAUGAACUACGGUCUCUCGCUGUCGCUCAUUGCGGAGAAACACCUCGAGCAGCUUCAGGCGCAGGAGAAGAGCCGACCAUCUAGCAGCAACGCCGGUAUUCACCGCAAUGCGCGCGAGGAUCGUCAGUUUGGUCUGCAGUACCAGGAUCACGACGGUGACGAGCAGGGUAUCGUCGAGGUCCAGCACGGCGAGAACGCUGUAUCGGGCGCCUCCGAUGAGUGGGAAGAUCUCGAGGAGAAGGCACUCAUGCUCGCGAUUGAGGAGGUCUAUGAGACCAGCGGCCGCCGCUGGAGGCCGUGGGCCGCCAACGGUCGUGCAUGCCGUGUCGGAGAGAUCAUUCUGAUUGUCGACUCCGACACCGUCGUUCCUGAGGACUGCCUUCGUGACGCCGCUCGCGAGAUGGCUGAGUGCCCGACGGUCGCUAUCAUCCAGCAUGAGUCUGAUGUCAUGCAGGUCGCUCACCACUACUUCGAGAACGGUAUUGCAUACUUCACCCGUCGUAUCAAUAAGUGUAUCUCUUUCACCUGCGCGAACGGUGAAGUUGCUCCCUUCGUCGGUCACAACGCGUUCUUGCGCUGGAAGGCCAUCCAGGACGCAGCGUUCGUCGAUAAGGACGGUGUCGAAAAGAUCUGGUCCGAGUCGAACGUAUCUGAAGACUUCGACAUGGCGCUUCGUCUGCAACUCCGUGGCUACAUCAUCCGCUGGGCGACGUAUUCCAAGGGUGCCUUCAAGGAGGGUGUCUCGCUCACUGUCGACGAUGAGCUCAACCGCUGGCAGAAAUACGCGUACGGCUGCUCGGAGCUGUUGUUCAACCCUCUCGUGCAGUGGUGGCGUAGAGGCCCGAUUAACAAGCAGAUCCACAAGUUCCUGUGGUCGAAAGCGCCAAUCCACUACAAGAUCUCGAUGAUGGCGUACAUGUUCUCGUACUACGGUAUCGCUGGCUCCAUCACCAUCGCGCUUAUUAACUACGUCUUGUUGGGUUGGGAGUUCCCCGUCGAUGGUUUCUACCUCCACAGUUUCGAGAUCUGGCUGGCGACAACGGUCGUGUUCUUCGGUUCUGGUAACCUUGGCUUUACACUCCUUGAGUACCGCCUUGGCGAGAAGCCGCUUUUCUGGGGUCUCCUGAUCAACUUGUGUUGGAUUCCGUUCUUCUUCUUCUUCUUCGGUGGCCUCUCUAUCCCCCUGAGUCAAGCGAUCUUGGCCCACUUGUUCUCGUACAACAUAACUUGGGGUGCCACCAACAAGGAGGUUGAGCGGUCCAAUUUCUUCAAGGAAAUCCCAAAGAUUGCGAAGCGCUUUUGGUUCCCGAUGACCGUCUCGAUUAUCAUCGUCGCCGGUAUCAUCGUGGUGUCGCUACCUAUCAUGCCACCAGCAUGGCGUGUUGACGGUACAGGCUGGGCCGUUAUCUUCCCUCUUGCGCUCGUCUGCGGCUGCCACAUCCUCUUCCCUAUCCUCCUCAACCCAUGGCUGAUGGUUUUCUCCUACUGAGCGCGUCCGCUGUGCAUAGAUACCCUUCCCGUGUAUACCACCGUCUGGGUGCGGACGCUUAUGUGCGUGCCCGGAAUCAGACAAUGCCCGGUUCCUACUCUCCCUUCCCGUCGCUCCUUCUCCCUGUACCUUCCGGUCUCUCCCCGGUGUUCUCCAUCUCGUUGUUCUCACACAGCCAUAGACAAAGACUCUUGACAUUGUAAUCUGCACUUUCACCCCGCUUUCAUGGACUACAUAUUCACGAUUGUCUACCAGCUUCAUGUUCAUUUCCGACGGACUAUUUCCCUUUGCCCCAUGCUUGCCUCGCGCAGACAUCUAGUGGUCGAAUAUUCACUAGCGUAGUUAUAGUAACAUGACAUCCGGUACAUAGCAGUAUUACGACCGUACCUAAAAUCUAUCGUGCUCAGUGCGCAUGCGUCUC